UUUUCACAAAGUUACUGUAAAAUGUGAUUGAAAGAGACCAUUAAUAUCAUGCAGCUAUCAGUGUUUCAAAUAGUGUCUUAUUUCAAUGCCAAUAAUGGUGUUUUACUGAGGACCCAUAGAUAUUGAAUGUCUGCUUUAGACGAAAGUUUAAAAAGACUUAAUACACUCAAACUUAUAUCAGAAUGGAUGCUGUAUUCUUAAGGAAACAUGUGGGUGAAAGUUUGGUGAUAUGUUUAGCUGAAGUGGCAGAGAAAAGACCAAAAGAUCCAAUUGAAUAUAUUGGACAGUGGCUUCAUAAUCAUAUUAAAAAUCAACAACAUCAGAAACAGGUGAAUGAAGCAAAUGAACAAUUAAAUAAAGCCAAAGAAGAAGCAGAAGUUGAAAAGAAGAGAAAAGAAAUAAUGGACGAAGAAGAGAAAGAAUUCAAUAAACAAUCUGAUGCUCAAAAGUCUGAAGUGAAAGAUAAAGAAUCUAAAUCAGGUUCGGAAUUAUCUACACUAGUUGAAUGAAGUUGUAACAUAUGAAUCAACAAUACCAAAUUAUAUACCAAAUUACCAAUAUCAACUAAUACUCAGUGAGCUCAAAUCAAACUAUCUUAUUUUUAUUUAUUUGUUUGUGCAAUGAAUAUUCUGUGAUUUUAAUGAAUGUGAAGUUUAUAUAAAAGGUUUUGUUAUAUUUGAGA